UCAUUACAAUGCGACGCGAAACAGAAUGGCUUUGUUUGGCUAGUUUGUUUUUCUUAGAUGUGAGUUAGUUUAGUUAGCAAGUUAGGCCAACCUCGGUAUCUCCCCAGCCUCAAAAUAUAUUGCAUGAGAAGAAAUAGCCAGCUUUAGAAAUUUUCGUGUUUGUUGACUCGGUCCGUAGCGGAGCUGUGCAUGUUUAGCUAACUUGGUUCAUUGGGAUGCCGUGGCAGUAUUUCUGUUAACGUUAGCUAACAGUUCAUGUAAGUUGCAUUUAUAUAUGCGUUUUAAUAUGUAUUGGGACGGUCUAAAUGUUCAGAUCAUUUGAGUUCUGCAAUUCGCCGCAAGCCCCGCGAAAUAACGACAAUGGAAAUGGCAGCUAAAGGUAAGGCCAAGCGGAGGCAUCUGUGUGCCGGAGAAUGUGCUGAGCUGGGGCAGAAUUUGGGGGGUUCUCUGGUGCAACCCUUCGCUGCAGCCCGCAGCAGUCUGGACCCCAGCCGUGGCCUCUACCCCAGGAGCCCCUCUAAAAGAGGCCGGAAAGGUGUGGAGAACAGCUCGCCGCAGAAGCCCAUUACCCAGUUCUUCCCUGUGAAGGGUAUCCUCAGCACCAGUCCCCAGAAAGCCGUGAAGGAGGAGGAGCCAAACAGAGAGGCGGAGCUCCAGGAGGCUGACGACGACCCGUUCGCGGGCCUGACUGAGAGCAUGUUCAUGGACGACGAGGAACUGGCCGUAAAGCAGGAGGAGUUUCCAGGCCCUUUUUCCGUGAAGCAGGAGGGGUUGCCAGGCUCAUUUUCUGUGAAGCAGGAGGGGUUGCCAGGCUCAUUUUCUGUGAAGCAGGAGGGGUUGCCAGGCUCAUUUUCUGUGAAGCAGGAGGGGUUUCCAGGCUCAUUUUCCAUGGAAGUGAGGCAAGGUGGGACUGCCGGUUGCAGUAGCUGGGACUACCAACCCCCUCCGAACCCCGCUGGGCCGGUCUGCGUGAAGGUAGAAAAGGAGGAUGACGAUGAGUACCCAGUGGACCCCCUCCCCGACGCCCACUACGGCCUCCUGGGCAGCCGCGGCGGGUGGGCGGAGCCGCAGGGGCAGCUGGGAGACCUGCCCGAGGAGAUCCUGAGGGUGCUGUUCGGUCACCUGCCCGCGGCGGACCUGUUCAGGCACGUCGGCCUGGUGUGCCAGCGCUGGAGGGACAUCGUCUGCGACCCGCUGUUUGUGCCCUGGAAGAAGCUGUACUAUCAGUACCAGAGGGAAGAGCCGUCUGCAGUGCAGUUCGUUGACUCCAUCCUGGAGGACAACUGCAUCACUGCCCGAGAAGAGCUGUGCAUUCUCAACAUGGUCAAGUACGUGUCCCAGUUUAAGCACAGCCGCACGGUGCAGCCCGAGGAGGUGCUGCGCUGCGUCAGGGAGCAUCCGCUCUUCCCCGCGGUGCACGCCUGCCUGAAGCACCGCCUCCCGGAACUGCCCGAGAUCCAGGGGGGUCCGAACCCGUGGUCUGCCAUGGCGCUGAUACUGAUCCUGGCAAACGGGGUGAAGGACGUUCAGGAUCUGGUGAUCCGGCUGAGGAGGUCGGGCUGCCUGCAGUCCCCGGGGGGCGUAUCGGAGUACCUCUGCUGCGUAGCCGUGCUGCUACUGGCCAUGCGGAGACACGGCAUCAAGAUGAGCAGCCGGUGCCACUACAACGUCUUUUACGUCCUGCACCUGAUGGAGAAUGCCCCUCCUCCUGCAGUGACUGCACAGAGCGGUUUGGCCAUUCAGGUGACGCACGAACAGCAGCAGAUACUCAAUCAUGACAUCCAGCCUGGCCAGAUAGUCAAGGUCAUGGCCUUCGCAGGCACGGGGAAGACGUCCACGCUGGUGCAGUACGCCCAGCGGAGGCCGCACCUCCGCUUCCUGUACGUGGCCUUCAACAAGUCCACCGCAACGGAGGCCCGGGGCCGCUUCUCUAGGAACGUGGACUGCAGGACGGUCCACUCUAUGGCCUUUGCAGCCAUCGGAAAGCGUUACCAGACUCUGAAGAAGCUUUCCUCCAACCUUCGGCCCUUCUGUGUGGCUUGGGUGCUUCCCAAAGGCAUGGGCGGCUUCGUCAACGCCAAGGUGGUCACCCAGACCAUCGGGGCCUUCUUCGCCUCCGCCGACCGGCACAUCACCGUCGACCACGUCCCUCAGGAGUACAAGAACACCAACGGGCAGAUGAAGAGGCCGGACCACACGGAGAAGCGGGCAUUUGUGUAUGAAGCCCAAAAGAUAUGGGAUAGAAUGACCGAGUUAACAAAGACAAAGGAAACUGCGUAUCACAUGACCCAUGAUGGUUACCUCAAACUCUGGCAGCUACAGAACCCGCGUCUCUACAACUAUGAUGCCAUUUUCAUUGAUGAGGCCCAGGACUGCACACCAGCGGUCAUGGACAUCCUGCUACCCCAGAGCUGUGGAAAGAUCCUGGUGGGAGAUCCUCACCAGCAGAUUUACACCUUCAGAGGGGCUGUCAAUGCCCUGCAGGAGGCAUCCCACACUCACCUGUACUAUCUCACCCAGAGCUUCAGAUUUGGCUCUGAAAUCUCCUACAUUGGAGCUACGAUUCUGUGGUUUUUCAAAGGAGUGACGAAGAUGCUGGUUGGUGGGAGUCAGGAAGGCAGUGUGAGAGGAGAGGAGGACCCCAGCGAGGCGCUGGGACUGGGGCAGGCCCGGGCACACAGGGAGGGGACGGUCGCCAUCCUCUCCCGCUGCAACGUGACCGUGUUCGACCAGGCCGUCAGGCUCACCUCCCCCACCAGCCCCCCGAAAAUCCACAUCGUGGGCGGCGUCGAGAAUUUUGGACUGAAGAAGAUCUUGGACAUCUGGGUGCUGAUGCAGCCGGAGAGCGACCGGAUACAGAAGAACCUGAGCAUCGGGGACUACUUCAUCAGGAGGUUCUGCAGCCAGAGCCUGGGCGGCUACGCCGGGCUGAAGAGGUACGCCUGCAACACCGAGGACCGCGAGCUGGAGGCCAAGCUGGCCGUGGUGGAGAAGUACGGCCACCGCAUCCCUGAGCUGGUGGACCGCAUAUGCAGCUGCUCUGUGAGCACCCCACACUCCGCAGAUUACGUUUUGGGCACCGUGCACAAGGCCAAAGGGCAGGAGUUUGACACGGUCUUCAUCACCGACGACUUUGCCAAAGUGCACUGCGCCGGACACACCCGUCAGAGACUGUUCGGCACUGCCAGAAGGGAAGAUGGAUCCAUUAACGUCCCAGAAGACGAGUGGAACCUGCUGUAUGUGGCUGUGACCCGCGCCAAGAAGAAACUGGUGAUCACCAAAACCAUCGGGAACAUCCUGACCAUGGCCAAGGAGUACUUCCUGCGGCCCGUGCUGACCAGCGCGCUGCUCGGAGACGGGCAGCCGCCCUGCUGCUCCGUGCAGGAGUGUCAUAACCGCAUCCUGGAGGACUCCGCCCUCACCAUGUGCAAGGUCCCCAUCAGAUACAGUGACUCUGCAGAGGCGGGAGGGCCUUUGUGUGUGACCUGCGUGGAGCAGCGCGUGGGUCACAUGGCCUACCUGAUCGCCUCACCUGAGCAGGUGAAGGCCACGCCCUACACACUGGAGAGGGUGGAAUUCCCCAUCAACGUUGCCAUGUUAAUGGCACUGUUCUGAGCUUACCUGUACAGGUAAUGAUGGCCUUCUCGGAGUAGCCAAUAAGCAUAACCCUGGUGACAGCUAGCUUUAUUUUAAAUAUGUGUACAUACAUUGUAUUUUUUAUUUUAAAAAUGUUGAAAUUUUUAAAAAAAUACUCAAAAUCCCUACGAACAUAUUUUUUUCUAAACUAUGAAAAAAAAAAACGUGUUGCUGAGAUUUAUAUUCAAAGUUUGUGAUUUAUAAUAACAGAACUAAGGGUCUUUGCACAUUGCUUCUUUUUUUCUUGUGUCUUUUCAUGUGUGAAAUAGUUUGCAUCUUUUCUGAUGAGGCUUUAUUAUACAAGGCUUCUAUAGCAUCACAGGUCCUGGAGAGCAGCAGGGCCUGCUGCUUUCCCUCAUUCAAUUAAAACGUGUGGAUAACACAG